AGCUCCCGCUGAUCACGACUGCUUUCCGCAGCAAGACAAAUGCCUCCACGCAUUGCGCGACAACGAUGAGAGGACUUUGGGCCCUGCCCGCACUCGUGCGCCUGACGGUUGCCAGCCAACAUUCAUUCAGCGUGCACGACGAUUUGCUCGCGUUUCCGCAGUACCGAGUCGUCUUUACCGAAUCUGGAAUUUCGGAAGAGCACGCCGCAGCCUUUUUUGCCUCCACGAAAGAGCGCGACGAUGCGUCAUCACCAACGACCGCCGAGCUUGCUCACACGACGGACGGAGGUGCGCCUAAUCCGUUCAAGGGGGCCGUCGGGGACGACACGGAAGGCGAGGAUGAGGUAGCAGCAACCUAUGAGCGCAUGGUGCUGGACUCGUAUCCUUAUCUCUGCCGCAUCCCCAUAGUCGAAACGGAGGACGACAACACCAACGCGAGCAGCAAUGCACGCGACCCAGUGGAAGAAGAAAAGGAGUUGGCACGCGCAAGCGACCGAGGCUGGGAGCUGUUGCGGGGAAUGCAGGACAACUGUAUCUACUUUCUGAGCGGCUGGUGGAGCUACAGCUUCUGUUACAACAAAGGCGUCAAGCAGUUCCACCAGCUCCCGCCUGGUAGAGGAGUUCCGAUGUACCCGCCCGUUGAAGACGAGUCUGUUCACAGUUUCAUACUGGGCAAGUUUCCGAAGGAUAAGAAGCAGAAGAAGAACCAGGAGGUGGACGAUGAAGGUCAUGGCAGCGACGAGGGCUCCGCCACUGGAGAAACGAGUGUGGCUAAGCUCGAGACCAAGGGAGAGACGAGGUAUCUCGUGCAGAAGCUCACAGGCGGCACGACUUGCGAUCUUACGGGCAAGGACCGAAAGAUCGAGGUGCAGUUUCACUGCCACCCCAACACGCCGGACCGCAUCGGCAUGAUCAAGGAAGUCAGCACGUGUGCCUACCUCAUGGUGAUUUACACGCCGCGCCUCUGCAAUGACGUUGCCUUCCUGCCGCCGCAAGAAAACCGCGCACACCACAUCGCCUGCGCACUAAUCCAGUCCUCCACCGAUGCAGGCCUAUCGCAAUCCACAACCAAACCCAAGGACAACGAACCCAGUAUAGAGGAAAUUCAAGCUCUCCUGGGCCAUGAUGGCCAAAACGAAGGUGAUAUCUCGGCCGCUGUAUUAGAAGCUCUGGGUUAUGGAGCGGCGGCAUCUAUGCCGGUGAUUGGGGGGACUGUGGUGGGCGCGCAAGCGCUCGUUGGCUCGCCAGGAAAGGUCAUUGAGAAGUCGGUUGUGGUGGGCGGUGGAAAAGAGACGCUACUAGCGACGGUGGCUGAGAGCGACGGGCGUGGCAAUCAAAAGGUCAUGAGCGCGGAACAGCUGCGCAAGCUCGAUAUAAAAGAUCCAAAGGACGUGGACGAUUUGCGGAAGAGGCUGGGGAACAUGGCUGGCGAUAGGGGCUGGAAGCUCGAGCUGGUAAACACGCCUAGGGGUAGAGAGUUUAGGGGAAUCCUGUUGGAUGGUGAUGAGGAUGAAGGUGAAGACGAGGGGACAGCACAAGAGAAGGGCGAAGCAGAAGGUAUACAAGGCAGCGAAGAAGAAUAUCGUCAGGAAGACGAGGGACAGGGCAGUGAGGAGACCUUCUUCAAAGAAGAACUUUAGCCUUCUAUUGCAAUCUGGAGUUUGGGCGUUCGCUGUACAUGUUAGUUAGACGUCAAGCCAAGCGUAUUAGAGUCCUGUUUUGUCGCG